CAACAGCAAAUCAGCUGAUAUGGCGGAUCCGAAUGCCGGUGAUCGGCGACAAACUUCAACGUUUAAAAAUAAGAAUUCAUUUAACGGUGGUACGCGCUCGAGUAACAACGCUGACGGUCCCGGAACGGCAAAUCUAACGCACGGCGGUGAAUUGGUGCAAAACGCGAAUUAUACAAACGGUCAAACGACGCAGGCGACCAUAUUCCUCAGCAACAAUAACAACAACAACAGCAGCAACUACAGCAAUUCGGGCAACCACUACUACAACAACAGUCACGGCAGAAAGAACGCGCCAAAUUCGCAGCAAAAUCAGCAGAACGCGUGUGUUUAUACGACCAGCAACAGCAACAAUAGCAACAAUAACAAUUUGGAGCACAGUUUCAGCAACUUACAUUUCUACGCCCAACAGCCAGCCGCACACUACGACGUUUGCCAUCAACAGACGAACGACUACCACCAGCCAGCCAGACAGGAGGGCCAGCAGGCGGACCAGUACGAGGAGAACUUCGACGAGGACAUGGAGGCCGAACGCGAUCUCGCCGAGGAUGCGCAGUGGAAGAAGAUCCAACAGAACACCUUCACCCGGUGGGCCAACGAGCACCUGAAGACCAUCGAUCGGUCGAUCAACAACCUGGAGACGGACCUGUCCGACGGCCUCCGACUGAUCGCCCUGAUCGAGGUGCUGUCCCAGAAGCGAAUGCCCAAAUACAACAAACGCCCAACAUUCCGCAGCCAGAAACUGGAAAACGUCUCGGUGGCCCUGAAAUUCCUUCAGGAUGAGGGUAUCAAAAUCGUUAACAUUGACUCGUCGGACAUCGUGGACUGUAAGCUGAAACUGAUACUCGGUCUGAUAUGGACACUGAUUCUGCACUACUCGAUAUCGAUGCCCAUGUGGGAUGGCGAGGACGACAAGCAGCUCAACGGCUCGGGCCACACUCCCAAGCAGCGCCUGCUGAACUGGAUACACGCCAAGAUACCCGACUUGCCCAUCAACAACUUCACCAACGACUGGACCACGGGCAAGGCGGUGGGCGCCCUUGUCGACGCCUGUGCUCCGGGUCUCUGUCCCGACUGGGAGCUGUGGGAUCCCAAGGAUGCCGUGCAGAACGCCUCCGAGGCCAUGGGCCUGGCCGAUGACUGGCUCAACGUGCGCCAGCUGAUCAAGCCCGAGGAGCUGGUCAACCCCAACGUGGACGAGCAGUCUAUGAUGACCUAUCUGUCUCAGUACCCGAACUCCAAGCUCAAGACUGGAGCUCCCUUGAGGCCCAAGACGAAUCCCAACAGCAUUCCUCCGCCGCGAGUGCGUGCCUAUGGUCCUGGUAUUGAGCCUAUUGGUCCUGUGGUGGGAGCCCCGGCCAAUUUCACCGUCGAAACCUUCUCUGCUGGCAAAGGUUCCGUGGAUGUGGACAUCCAGGGACCCAAUGGCGAGAUCGAGAAGGCUGAUGUGCGCUUUAACAAUGACAAGAACCUCACGUACACAGUUUCCUACAUACCCAAAGCCGAGGGUUCGCACAAGGUGGCGGUUAAGUUCUCCGGUCGCGACAUCCCCAAGUCGCCGUUCCCCGUGAAGGUGGAAGGUCAUGCUGGAGACGCCUCUAAGGUGAAGGUUACGGGGCCCGGAAUACAGCCCAACGGUGUCACCAUCAAGAAGCCAACCUUCUUCGACAUCCUGGCCAAGGAUGCGGGUCGCGGAGUGCCCGAAGUGAUUAUCAUCGAUCCGGCAAACCACAAGACCUCUGUGGCCGCCAAAGUGCGUCAACUGGAAAACGAUACUUGGCGCUGCGAGUAUGUGACCGCUAUGCAAGGACUGCAUUCGGUGAAUGUCUUCUAUGCUGGAACUCCGAUCCCCAACAGUCCGUUUCCGGUGAAAGUAGCUCCACUGUCUGAUGCGCGUAAAGUUCGUGCUUCCGGUCGUGGUCUCCAGGCAACGGGCGUUCGCGUCGGUGACGAUGCCGACUUCAAGAUCUAUACUGAGGGAGCCGGCGAGGGUGAGCCAGAGGUGCGCGUCAUUGGUCCUGGAGGCAUGAACCAGAACGUCAUGCAGUCGAAGGUGGAUGGCAAUACCUACGAGUGCCACUACUAUCCCACCAAGGAAGGCCGCUACGUCAUCAUGGUGACCUUUGCUGGCCAAGAAGUUGCCAAAUCACCGUUUGAGGUGAAGGUGGGUCCCAAGAAGGAGUCCUCGAUUGUGGCCUACGGGCCCGGACUGAGCAGCGGCGUUAUCGGCUACCCGGCUGCCUUUGUAGUUGAGACCAAUGGCGAGACCGGCGCCCUCGGGUUCACCGUGGCCGGUCCCUCGCAGGCCGAGAUCGAGUGCCACGACAACGGCGAUGGCUCUGCCCUGGUCAAGUACCAUCCCACCGCUGUGGGAGAGUACGCCGUGCAUAUUCUGUGCGACAAUGAGGACAUUCCCAAGUCGCCGUUUAUCGCUCAGAUCCUUCCGCGCACCGAUUUCCAUCCCGAGAUGGUCAAGGCUAGUGGUCCUGGACUGGAGAAGAAUGGCGUGACCAUCAACCAGCCGACCAGCUUUACUGUGGACCCCAGCAAGGCGGGCAAUGCUCCGUUGGAUGUUGUCGUUCAGGAUGUGUUCGGCACCAAGUUGCCCGUGGAGCUAAAGAACAACCCCGAUGGCACCAAGAAGGUCACGUAUACGGCUACUUCUGGAGUUCCGCACACCGUCGAAGUUAACUAUGGCGGAGUUUCUACGCCCAAUUCACCCCAUCGUGUGUACGUCGGAGUUCCGGUUGAUGCAGCCAAGGUACAGGCCUUUGGACCCUGGCUGCAACCUGGAGUGCGCCCCAAUGCGGCCACACACUUCAAUGUGGACGCCCGUGAGGCUGGAGAUGCCGAGCUGAAGGUGAAGAUCAUCCAUGAGGAAACCAAGAUCGAGGUACCGUGCCGCAUCAUCGAUAACGAGGACAACACCUACUCGGUGGAAGUGAUUCCGCCUUCCAAGGGCGCCUACACCACUACAAUGACGUAUGGUGGCCAAAGAGUUCCCCUGGGACAGAAGGUCGUCGUGGAACAAACGGUGGAUGUAUCCAAAAUCAAGGUGGACGGGCUUGAGCCAAGUGUGAUCAUGAAUGCGGCCACGGACUUCAUGGUUGAUAUGAGCAAGGUGGGCAGCAAUAUUGACUCCGGAAAGCUGUCCUGUGCGAUCUUCGACCCAAUGGGCCAUGUGUUGCCGAGCAAGAUUGUGCAAGGUCCAACCGACGACAUCUUCCGCAUCAUGUACACUCCCUUCGAGGCUGGCCGCCACACCAUUGAGCUGAUGUACGACAACAUCCCGGUGCCAGGAUCUCCGUUUGUUGUGAACGUGAAGAGCGGCUGCGAUCCCGCUCGCUGCAAGGCCUACGGACCAGGCCUGGAAAAAGGACUGACCAACCAGAAAAACAAAUUCACCGUGGAGACCAAGGGUGCAGGAAAUGGUGGCCUUUCGCUCGCCAUCGAGGGCCCUUCGGAGGCAAAAAUGACGUGCACGGACAAUCGCGAUGGUAGCUGCGAUGUGGACUAUUUGGCCACUGAUCCAGGAGAGUAUGACAUUACCAUUCGGUUUGCCGACAAGCACAUACCCGGCUCUCCAUUCCGCGUGCUCGUCGAGGAGACGGUGGACCCCAGCAAGGUGAAGGUGUACGGUCCGGGCAUCGAGCACGGCCAGGUGCGCGAGAGCGUGCCCACCUUCUUCAACGUGGAUGUGGGCGAGGCUGGUCCUGGCCGCAUUGCCGUUAAGCUGACCAACUCCGAGGGUAUUCCCGUGGACAAUCUGCGCGUGGAAGACAAGGGCAAUUGCAUUUACGCGGUUCACUAUGUGCCGCCCAAGGCUGGCUCCGUGCUCACCUGCCAGGUGAAGUUCUCAGAGGUUGAAGUGCCAUGCAGUCCAUUUGUGAUGACCGUUUUCCCCAAAUCAGAACCCACCAAGGUAAAGGUAAAGGGUGUCAAUGAGAAGAAGAAAACGCCUGCUUCCCUUCCCGCCGAGUUUGAAAUCGAUACAAAACAGGCUGGCCAGGCUGAUAUCAAUGUGGCCAUUAAGAACCCCAAGGGCAAGGCGAUGCAACCGCGCCUGGAGGAGGUGUCCACCGGUACGUACGUGGUGUCCUUCGUGCCAGAUGAGUGCGGCACCUACCAGUGCAGCAUCAAGUACGGCGACAAGGAGAUCGAGGGCUCGCCCUUCAAACUCGAAGCAUUCCCUACCGGCGAGGCCAAGAAGUGCAAGCUGGUGGAGCAGGCGCCCAAGAUUCAGUCCUCGGGCAGUCAAUCGCACCUGAAAGUGGAUGCCCGUGAGGCCGGAGAUGGAGCGGUGACCUGCAAGAUCACCAACAAGGCGGGCAGCGAAAUUGUCGACAUUGAUGUGAUCGAAAAGGAUGGUUUCUUCGACAUUCUGUACGCCCUUAACGAUCCUGGAGAUUAUGACAUCAACGUAAAGUUUGGUGGCAAGGACAUCCCGAACGGCAGCUUCUCCAUCAAGGCUGUCGAAAGUAUCGAGCAAUACUCGCAUAGUGAAUAUAUCGAGGAGCACACGACCAAAGUGGUGCAGCAAACUACGCAGAGCGAGCUUGUCAACGGAAAAUCUGAGAUCACGUAUCGCAGUGUAGCAUUCGAGAAGUUACCACUACCCACAACAGGCGGCAACGUUACAGCUGAAGUCAGAAUGCCGAGCGGUAAAGUAGACAAACCCGUGAUCCAGGAUAACCGUGAUGGUACCGUCUCGGUGAAGUACGAUCCCCGUGAGGAGGGAUCCCACGAGCUCGUGGUCAAAUACAACGGAGAACCCGUGCAGGGAUCUCCCUUCAAAUUCCACGUUGACUCGAUCACCUCCGGCUAUGUGACUGCCUAUGGACCCGGCCUGACCCAUGGAGUCACCGGUGAGCCGGCCAACUUUACCAUCUCCACCAAGGGAGCCAGCGCCGGCGGCCUGACCAUGGCCGUCGAAGGACCCAGCAAGGCUGACAUCAACUACCAUGACAACAAAGACGGCACUGUGUCCGUGCAAUACCUGCCCACUGCUCCUGGCGAGUACCAGGUGUCCGUUCGCUUCGGCGAUAAGCACAUCAAGGGUUCGCCGUACUUCGCCAAGAUCACCGGCGAGGGUCGCAAGCGUAACCAGAUCUCGGUGGGCUCCUGCUCCGAAGUGACCAUGCCCGGCGACAUUACCGAUGACGAUCUGCGCGCCUUGAACGCCUCGAUCCAGGCGCCCAGUGGCCUGGAGGAGCCCUGCUUCCUGAAGCGCAUGCCCACUGGCAACAUUGGCAUCUCGUUCACGCCCCGCGAGAUCGGCGAGCACCUGGUUUCGGUGAAGCGUCUGGGCAAGCACAUCAACAACUCACCCUUUAAGGUGACUGUCUGCGAACGCGAGGUGGGCGACGCCAAGAAGGUCAAGGUUUCCGGAGCUGGCCUAAAGGAGGGUCAAACCCACGCUGACAACAUCUUCUCCGUGGACACGAGGAACGCCGGCUUCGGUGGACUUUCGGUCUCCAUUGAGGGUCCCAGCAAGGCUGAGAUCCAGUGCACAGAUAAGGAUGACGGUACCCUCAACAUCUCGUACAAGCCCACGGAGCCGGGCUACUACAUUGUUAACCUGAAGUUCGCCGAUCACCACGUGGAGGGUUCACCUUUCACCGUGAAGGUUGCCGGUGAGGGAAGCAACCGCCAGCGCGAGAAGAUCCAGCGGGAGCGCGAUGCUGUUCCAAUCACGGAAAUUGGCAGCCAGUGCAAGUUGACAUUCAAGAUGCCCGGCAUUACCUCAUUCGAUCUGGCCGCCUGCGUCACCUCUCCCAGCAACGUGACCGAGGAUGCGGAGAUCCAGGAGGUGGAGGAUGGCCUCUACGCAGUGCACUUUGUGCCCAAGGAGUUGGGCGUGCACACGGUAUCGGUGCGCUACUCCGAGAUGCACAUACCCGGAUCACCGUUCCAGUUCACCGUGGGACCGCUGCGCGACUCCGGCAGCCAUCUUGUUAAGGCUGGAGGUUCUGGCCUGGAGCGAGGCGUUGUCGGAGAGGCGGCCGAGUUCAAUGUGUGGACCCGCGAAGCAGGCGGUGGUUCCCUGGCCAUUUCCGUGGAGGGUCCUAGCAAGGCUGAUAUCGAGUUUAAGGACCGCAAGGACGGCAGCUGCGAUGUGUCCUACAAGGUCACCGAACCGGGAGAGUACCGCGUGGGCCUGAAAUUCAACGAUCGCCACAUACCCGACUCACCCUUCAAGGUAUACGUCUCCCCCGAUGCGGGCGAUGCCCACAAGCUGGAGGUUCAGCAGUUCCCGCAGGGCAACAUCCAGGCGGACGCUCCCUACCAGUUCAUGGUGCGUAAGAACGGCGCCAAGGGUGAGCUGGAUGCCAAGAUUGUGGCUCCAUCCGGAACGGACGAUGAUUGCUUCAUCCAGGUGAUCGACGGUGAGAUGUACUCGGUGCGCUUCUAUCCACGCGAGAACGGAAUCCAUGCCAUCCACGUCAAGUUCAACGGCGUCCACAUACCCGACUCUCCAUUCAGGAUCAAGGUUGGCAAGGAUGUGGCCGAUCCAGCUGCUGUGCACGCCAGCGGCAAUGGCUUGGACGAAGUGAAGACUGGACACAAGGCCGACUUCAUCAUCAAUACCUGCAACGCCGGCGUUGGCACUUUGGCCGUCUCCAUCGAUGGACCCUCCAAGGUGGCCAUGGACUGCACGGAGGUGGAAGAGGGCUACAAGGUCCGCUACACCCCUCUGCUGCCCGGCGAGCACUACAUCACGGUCAAGUACAACAACAUGCACAUCGUGGGAUCGCCAUUCAAGGUCAACGCUACCGGCGACAAGCUGGCGGAUGAGGGCGCCCAGGAGACGUCCACGGUGAUCGUGGAGACAGUGCAGAAGGUGGCCAAGGGUGGCAAGAACACGGGCGUCCAUCUGCCCACCUUCAAGUCUGACGCCAGCAAAGUGGUGUCCAAGGGUAUGGGCCUGAAGAAGGCCUACAUUGGCAAGCAGAACCAGUUCAGCAUCAGCGCCACCGAUGCGGGCAACAACAUCCUGUACGUGGGCAUGUACGGACCAAAGGGACCCUGCGAGGAGUUCCACGUGAAGCACGCUGGCCACAACAACUAUAAUGUGCAGUACCUGGUGCGCGACCGCGGCCAGUACGUGCUCCUAAUCAAGUGGGGCGAGGAGCAUAUACCCGGCUCCCCAUUCCAGAUCGAUGUGUAGGGCGCUAUAUAGCCGGCCAGGCAUAUGUGUACGUGUAGAUAUAUGCUUCGCAUGUGUAUGUGUGUGGGCGCGCAUGUUCCAGGGUCAAAAGUCGUGUGUUUCUUGUUUUCAUCAUAACGCUCUUUGUUUAAUUUUAAUUUCUUGAUUUAUCAUCAUAUUUUAGGUAAGUUUUUGUUAUUUGUACAUACAUGAAAGGAAGAAGCUCCUGUUUUUCGACGCGCCAUUUUCACUCUAUAAAUUGAUCUUACGUUUUACUUGUUUUCUUGUGAAUACAUAAAAUUAACAAUAGCCGAUAUGAAUUUUGAUAAACUUCAUGGAAACAAACUUAAACACAACUUCGACACACAAGAAUUACUAUUGCAAUGCGAAUAAAUCUCUUGAACAAUUAUUUAAUACUUAAGCGAAAAUUUAUGAUGAUUAUAAUGAUUAUGACGUAUUAUGUUUUCUAUUAUCACUAUCGAUCAUGUAAUUUACGUGAAAUAAAUCAAAACACAAAAAUUAA